CUUUAUAUACUGAAGCAUUCUUCAGAAUCUCUACACAACAGCUUCUCUCUUCAAAGGAGAAAGACGGUUUAGGUUUUUACUCUAUAAGCAGUAAAAUGUUUCGUUUUGACAUUGUCGUUUUGUGUUUCGUGUUUAUAUCCGCUUAUAAAUUACAAGAAAAACCAGUAAAGGCACAAUCCGUGGAAGUGCAGUUGCCUCCAGGUCAGGAAUGUCAAAUGACACCUGUUAUCCAUGUGUUGAAACAUCCUGGAUGUAUACCAAAGGCAAUACCCUCUUUCGCUUGUAUCGGGAAAUGCUCUAGUUACGUGCAGGUAUCGGGAAGUAAAAUUUGGCAAAUGGAAAGGACAUGCAACUGCUGUCAAGAAUCUGGUGAGCGAGAAGCAACUGUAGUCUUGCUUUGUCCUAAAGCUAAAAGUGAAGACAGAAAGUUAAGAAAGAUUACUACUAAGGCGCCUUUGGAAUGCAUGUGCCGUCCUUGUGGCAGCAUAGAUGAGAGUUCUAUCAUUCCUCAAGAAGUUGCUGGCUACGCUGAUGAGGGUCCACUUUAUAACCAUUUUAGGAAGUCGUUUUAAAAACUAGUU